AUGGCUGAGGGACUUCGAACAGGAGAACAAAAGUGGAAUUCGUAUCCUUUCGGGAUUGAAAUGCAAAGACAUGAACUGAAUUCCGCAUCAGAAAAAGUGGGGAAUUGUUUUUUCAAUCCAAAUUGGGAUAAUUCAAUGGUUCAAAGUGGUUCCUUUGACUCCUCAUUGAGUUCCAUGGUGUCGUCUUCUUCAGCAAUAUCAAAUGCUGAAACUGUUCUACCUGGUUAUGAACACAAUAUGGUGAUCAGAAAAUUGAUUGGAAGAUUAGGAAACGAUUAUAACUAUAGUAGUUAUACUUCAUCACAGCCUUUGAUCAAAUCCAACAAUGCUAACACUCCAUUGAAUAUAAUCCCAAAGCUCAAUCUUCCAUUUUCAUCUGACCCUGGAUUUUCUGAAAGAGCUCCUAGAUUUUCCAGCUUCAAUGGUGAACUUGGAUUUAAUAGGAAUGAAUUUCAAGCUAAUAUUCCAGAUUCCAAGCGAGAAUCUUUAUUAGUUUCUGAAAAUAUCCCACGCCAAAACAAUGUCAAUUCCCGGAAAAGGAAAUCAAUUCCGAGUGGAAAAGCAGAGGAAACCCCAUCAAUGGCAGCUGCUGAUAGAAAGAUUGUUGCUGGUGCAAAAAGAAGCAAGAAAGAUAGAGCUGGUAAAGAACACCAUGGCAAUGGUGAAAAGCAUAAUAAGGUGAAAUCAAAAGCAGCAAUGGCACCAAUGGAAUAUGUCCAUGUGAGGGCAAGAAGGGGUCAAGCUACUGAUGGUCAGAGCCUUGCUGAAAGAGUUCGAAGAGAGAAAAUAAGUGAAAGGAUGAAACUUUUACAGGAUCUUGUUCCAGGCUGCAACAAGGUGACUGGUAAAGCACUUAUGCUUGAUGAAAUUAUUAACUACGUGCAGUCGUUGCAGUGUCAAGUCGAGUUUCUAUCUAUGAAGUUGGCUACUUUGAAUCCAAGAAUGGAUAUUAACAUGGAAUCUAUUGUAUCAAUGGAUAUGUUUCGAUGUUGCGGAUCUUUGCCGAGUACCAUGUUUUCGAUCGAUUCUUCUGCAUCUGUAUUCGGUUUUGGAUAUGAACACCAGCAAGGGGUGCCUAUGCACAAUGGUGAUCUACAUAGCAUUGUUCAAAUGGGAUUUGGCCAAAAUCAGCCACAAAGCUAUCAAGGUAUGGUCGGACAUAGGUCCGAUAUGGGUAUGCUAGAUUUGUUUGGAAGGAAUAUUAUGGGAGGUAGAACGCCGGUGGAAGAUGUGGAGAACGACAAAGCAAUGCAAGCUUUAGGGAGGUUCGCGGUGGAAGAGCACAACAAAAAUCAAGAAAAUGAUGGAGAUACAUCGGAUCAGAUAAAGUUUUCUCAAGUGGUAGGGGCCGAGAAACAAAUAGUUUCAGGGAUCAAAUACUUUCUAACGGUUGAAGGGAUAGAAAAUGGGAAAAGCAGGAUGUUUGAUUCGAUAGUUUUGAUUAAACCUUGGUCAAAAUCUGAAGACAAACAGUUGAUUAGCUUCUCUCCUAUUCAAUAA